AUGAGUGAACAAAUAAUUCUACCUGAAGUGACCCAGGACUGGACCAAAGAACAUGUGAAAAAGUGGGUAACUGAGGACCUUAAGCUAGAUGAGAAAUAUGGGCAGAUUCUGCUCAGGGAAGAUGUAACAGGAUUAGUACUACAGGAAUUAACUGAGGAGGAUCUUCGAGAUAUGGGGCUACCACGGGGUCCAGCACUUUUGAUUAAACGUGGAUACAAUAAAUUAAAUAAUAGUCGUUUUGAAAGUGACAAUCAUGAUUCUGGAAAAUUUGAUCCCACAACAACUCCUAAAAAGGAACACCAAAAAAAGCCAAAACAGUCAAAAAAGGAGAAACCAAUAUCAUCCAAAACUGAGCAUGACCUCACCGAGACCAGAGAUACUGAAAAACAAGAAUUGAGUCUUCUGAAAGAAAAUGCAACAACUGAAGAAGCAGCUAUGAAAGGCAAAGAAAACAAGGCACUAGCACCUGAAAAACUCACUUGUUUGCCAUAUCCUUUUGACAAAUUCCAUGAUAGCAGACGCUACAUAGAGCAUUAUAUUCUACAGCCUGAAACGGGACCACUCAAUCUCAUUGACCCAAUCCAUGAGUUCAAGGCCUUCACAAAUACAAGCACAGCCACAGCAAAGGACAUUCAGAUGAAAUUUAGCAAUGAAGUCUUCCGAUUUGCAUCUGCUUGCAUGAACGUACGCACAAAUGGUACUAUCCAUUUAGGAGUCAAGGACAAACCCCAUGGAGAAAUUGUUGGUGUGAGUGUCACCAGUAAGGAUGCCUUCAUUGACCACUUCAAUCUAAUGAUCAACCAGUAUUUUGAAGACAGUCAUGUCAAGGAAGCCAAGCAGUGCAUUAGGGAGCCAAGGUUUGUGGAAGUCCUACAGCAGAACAAUACAUUGUCUGACAAAUUUGUCAUUGAAGUUGAUGUUAUUCCAAAGUCUUCUGUAUGUAAAAUGAAGUCUUUCUACAUUAGCAUGCAAAACGAUAAAGAUGGAACAUGGAGACAAAACAAAGAUCAUUCAUUAUUUGUAAGAGAUGGGGCUAGCUCCAAAGAUAUCCUUGCCAAUGUCAAACAACGGGAAGCAGAAUUCAAAGCAUAUUUACUAAAUUUAGAGUCAAUAGUAGCAGCUAGAAAAGAAGCAGAAGAGGAAUAUGGAGUAAAGGCAAAUAAAAAGGAGAAGGAAGGAUUAAAACUAGUUAAACUUCUCCUAGGAAGCCGAGACUCCCUGGAUAAUUCAUACUAUGGUUGGUAUGUUCUUGUAACAAAUAAAUGUCAUCCAAAUCAAACAAAGCACUUGGACUUUCUAAAAGAAAUGAAAUUGUUUGCUGUGUUGGAGUUUGAUCCUGAAUCGGUGAGCAACGGGGUGGCUAAAGCUUACAAAGAAAGUCGAGUAGCAAACCUACACUUUCCCAGUCAGUAUGAAGAAAAGACAACGACCAUCAGAGAGAUUAUAUCGACUCUGAAUCUCUAUGAGCAACCCAGCUGGAUCUUCUGCAACGGCAGGUCAGACCUGAACACAGACACCAACAAACCUCUGGAACCACAUCUGUGGCAGAGAGAAAGAGCUUCGGAAGUCAGGAAACUGAUUUCUUUUCUCACAGAUGGAAAUUUAAUACCAAGAGGGAAAUUUCUGGUGGUGUUCCUAUUAUUCUCUUUAGUGGAAAGCCCAGGAGAUCCCCUCAUUGAAACGUUCUGGGCUUUCUAUCAAGCUCUCAAUGGAAUGGAAAAUAUAUUGUGCAUCUGUGCAAACUCACAAAUUUACCAGCGAUGGAAAGAUCGGCUGCAAACAAGACUGACGAUAGCAGAUGAGUUAACAAAACAUAGCAUUUCCACUUUGAAUUUAGGACAGAUAAACAAUACUAUCCUUAAACUAAAGUCAGUGAUUCAGUCAUCACAAAGAUUUCUGCCUUCUCAUGGGCUGACAUCUGUUAUCCUUGAGAAAAAGGAAGAGGAUCUCUUUACUACACUAGAAAUCCUCUGUGAAAAUGAGUGCAGGGACACAGACAUAGAGAAAGACGAUAAAAAAUUCCUGGAAUUUAGGAAAUCAAAAGAAGAAGACUUUUAUAAAGGUGGCAAGGUAUCCUGGUGGAACUUCUAUUUUUCUUCUGAAAAUUAUUCUUCCACUUUUGUCAAAAGAGACCGUUAUGAAAAUCUUAAAGAGCUGAUAGAGUACUUGGCUGAGUCUCCUAAACCAAUAUUUGCCAAAAUCAUCAACCUUUUCCAUCAUCCAGGCUGUGGGGGGAGUACGUUGGCUAUGCAUGUUCUCUGGGACCUGAAGAAAAACUUCAGAUGUGCUGUACUUAAAAAUAAAGCAGCUGAUUUUACAGAAAUUGGAGAACAAGUGAUCAAUUUAAUCACCUAUAAGACAACCAGCCCUCAGGAAUACAUGCCUGUGCUUCUCCUGGUGGAUGACUUUGAAGACCCAGAAAACAUCUGCAUUCUGCAGAAUGCUAUCCAUGCCAGUUUAGCAGAGAAGGAGUUUCGAUAUGAGAAAACACUGGUCAUUCUCUUGAACUGUAUGAGGUCCCAGAACCCCGAUGAAAGCGCAAGAUUUGAAGAUGGCAUUGCACUGAAAUAUCAACUUUCUCCCAAAGAAAAAAGAGCAUUUGAGGACAAACUGAUGGAAAUUGAAAAGCAGCACAAGAACUGUGAAAACUUUUAUUCCUUCAUGAUCAUGAAAAAAAAUUUUGAUGAAACGUAUGUAGAAAAGGUAGUAAAAAACAUCCUGGAAGGUUAUGAGGUUGACAGCAAAGAAGGAAAACUUUUGUCUUUCCUGGCUCUGCUCAACUCUUAUGUUACUGAUUCGACAAUUUCCGUGUCACAGUGUGAACUAUUUUUGGGAAUAACACAUACUAAGACACCUUGGGAGCCUGAAACUCUACAAGACAAGAUGAGAAACUAUUCCACACUUUUAAUUGAAAUGGAAGUUGCAGAAUAUGGGAGAUACACAGGCGUGCGCAUUAUUCACCCUCUCAUCGCCAGUUACUGUCUAAAAGAAUUGGAAAAAAGCUACCAUUUAGACAAAAGUAAAAUUGCACUGGAGAUGCUGCAUGAGAAAUUAUUCUACAGCUCUGGGAUAGGAAGAGACAAAUUUCUCCAUGACGUGCAAACACUUCUGCUUACAAGACAGCGCAAGGAAUAUGGUGAUAAAAUGGAUACUUUGUUUUCCCCAUUAAUCGAAGCUUUACCUAACAAAAAUGUUGAAAAAGUCUUGAAACAAGGAAGUAUCCGAUUCCCACAAAAUGCAUUUAUUUGCCAAGCAUUAGCAAGACAUUUUUACAUUAAAAUUAAAAACUUUAACACUGCUCUGUAUUGGGCAAAUCAAGCCAAAAGGAUAGCACCUAAAAAUUCUUAUAUCUCAGAUACACUUGGUCAAGUCUACAAAAGUGAAAUAAAAUGGUGGCUGGAUCAAAACCAAACUUGUAGGAACAUUACUGUCAAUGAUCUAGCACAUACCCUAGAAGCUGCUGAAAAAGCCUCAAAAGCUUUUAAAGAGUCCCAGAAGCAAACUGAUUGUAAAGACAGUGAACCAGAAGCCUGGUCACUACAGAAGAGAAAAUAUGACAUGUAUAACACAGCUGGUUUCUUGGGUGAAAUAGAAGUCGGCCUUUACACUAUCCAGAUUCUUCAGCUCACUCCCUUGUUCCACAAAGAAAAUGAAUCUGCUACAAAAUCUAUGAUACAAUUUUUAUCAGGAACAGGAACCAUUCCUGCUGGUCCAGAAAAUGAGUAUCAUUUGACCCUUCAGAAUUUCACAACUUAUCUACAAGAUUUACAACCAGAAAUGAAAAAGUGCUUUGACUUUUUUGUCGAUUACAUGGUCCUUCUGAAAACAAGAAGCACUCAGAAAGAAAUUGUUGAAAUAGUGCUAAGUAACAAAGUCAGUCGUUGUUUCAAGAAAUACACAGAACUGUUCUGUCAUUUAAAAGAUUUGGAUUCAUCACAAAAGCACGAGUUACUCCAAGAGGAGACCUGCAGGCAAAGUCUAGAAGCUCUGAAAGCAGAUAGGUUUUCCGGACUCCUGGAAUAUCUUAACCCAAACCACAAAAAUGCUCCGAACACAAUGGAAAACAUAGUGAACAAAUACCAAAUCCUUCUGCAGAAAAACCCAAAUAAAAAGCUGAUAAGGGAGAAGCAGAAUUUCAUCUUGGCAAACAUAAUUCUCAGUUGUCUAAAACCCAACUCCAGGUUUAUCCAGCCGUUUAACUUGCUGAAAAAGCAGCUCCGAGAAGUCUUGCAAUUAGUCGACUCAACUCUUCAAUUUCCAGACCCUUAUUUCUUAGCCUGCCUCCUGUUCUGGCCAGAAAAUCAGGAGCUUGAUCAGGAUUCCAAAUCAAUGGAAAAGUAUGUUUCAUCUUUAAAUCGAUCCUUUGGGAGACACUACAGGCACAUGUGUCGAUCCAAGCAGGCCAGCACACUCUUCUAUCUGGGCAAGAGCAAGGGUCUCAACACUAUCGUGCACAAGGCUGAGAUAGAGCAGUACUUCAGUAAAGAGCAAAAUACAAAUUCCCUGUGGCAGAGCGGCGACGUGUGGAAAAUAAAAGAAGUCAAAGAGAUCCUGCGUCGUCUCGUUGGUCAGGCUGUUGGCAAACAAAUCUUUGUAGAAUAUGGAACAAAAGAAAAAAUAAGAAUACCAGUGACUUCUGUGUAUUCAGGGCCACUCAGAAGUGGUGGGAACAUAGAAAGAGUGACCUUCUACCUAGGCUUUUCCAUUGAAGGCCCCCUGGCAUAUGAUAUAGAAGUAAUUUAA